AUGCCCGGAACGGACCUUGUCGCAUGGGGAGUCCCCCGCCUCUCCCAGCUCCUUCCACUCGAUGAGGAGUCUCUCACGCAGAUAAUCACGUAUUCUGCGAGUCUGUCGAAAGAUGCCUGUGCGGAGCAUCUGAAGAACCUCCUUGGCGACUCUCCUGCGGCACUGGAGUUUAUCUCUUCCUUCAACUCGCGACGGGGAGGCGGCGAGACUCCUCCCAGAGAGUCGGGAAGCGCAUCGCCAGCAGCUGGUGGACACGAUAGUAAUGGACGACAGACAAAUGAACAUAGGAAUGUACAGAAGAAAAACAAGAGGACAAAGGCGCCCUUACAUAGCGCUGGCCCUCCGCGAAGACCGGAGAAUUACGGAAAUGUUACGGGUGGAUAUAUGAAGUCUGAUAAAGAAGAGCUGCCGCAGACUACGAUAUCUGCUUCCCCGAAUGCUUCAUCGCUCAUAUCCUCACAAAAUCCGUCCCCCGGUCCAAAAUCGAGCACGAAGGCGCCUCCUUCGGCCGCUGGCCCGUUGAUAUCAGACUAUCUACCUAAUGUGAAAUCUAGAACGGCGAAAUCUUCGCGGCACACUAGUUCCGGUACCUCGACUCCUGGAAAGCAAUCUAUUACGACGGGCAACAUUGAAGACUUGACGGCAGCCAUCGCGGCUCUGGAGGUGUCUACAAAUCCAACGUUGAGUAAAGAACAGCGAAAGUGCAACUGUAAUGCUUCACUUCACCCACUGUUCACACCUGCCCCCAACUGUUUGAGUUGCGGGAAGAUUAUUUGCGCCUUGGAAGGUCUCCAGCCCUGCUCUUUCUGUGGAGCAGCGCUCAUAUCUACCGAGGAUAUACAGAGUAUGAUCAAAGAGCUUCGGGCGGAACGUGGCAAUGAAAAAAUGAGAGCACAUAAUGAGAGUCUGCAUCACGAUGGCGGGCCGGGACCAGGUCCAUCUUCAAGCAAGCUUGAAGCUGCCAAGGCUCACCGCGACAAGCUCCUCGCCUUUCAAGCUCAAAAUGCACAGCGUACAAAAGUUGUGGAUGAGGCUGCUGAUUUUGAGACACCAAAUGUAGCUUCGACGCUGUGGAUGAGCCCUGCACAGAGGGCGCUUGCAUUGAAGAAGCAACAGCGGAUUUUACGUGAAAUGGAAGAAAAAGCGCGACCAGAAUGGGAGAGGAAGAAGACGGUCAUGAGCCUUGAUAUCAAGGGUGGUCGUGUUGUGAGGACAUACCAGUCUUCACCAGCAGAAUCCUCCAAAAAAGAAGAGCAAGAUGCGGAAGAGGAAGAGCUCGCUCGCGCCGCUGCCCAGGAGACUGGGGAUCAAGCAACGACUAGUGCGAGCGGUGCAGCCUUUGGGAAGAAUCCUCUCCUAGCAGCUGGUGGUCUGGUGAGACCAGUUUGGAAGGCUCCAGCGGGAAAGGAGCCUGUGGCCCACGCGCGGAAGGAGAGGACGCAGACGUGGAGACGCGUCCAGGAUGAUAACGACGACAACGAACAGUGGAUCUUGGAUGGGGGAUUGCAUGGAUAUGGAACUGAGAGCGAAGCGACGUAG